CCCCUUGUAAAACAGCUCACAAAGUCCCAAAGACCCACACUCUCGACACUUCGUUUCCAUCGCCAUUUCAAGAGUCUCCGGAGUUUCCAAGGCCGCAGCACAGAAAACACCUACACACAGCGAAAGCAUUUGAAUUUCUUUGUUUGUUUCGUUUCCGUUGUAUAAGAGUCAAGCGACUUUCUUCCCAUUUCUGGCUUCAUUUUCUCCCUUCGCAUUUAUCAACUCUCUUGGCUCGCCCACUGUCCCGAGCUCCCAUGGCUUCCAUCGCCGCAUCAAACGUCGUCGCUUUUAAAUCCGCCGAUAAAUUCGGAGCUCCUGGCAAUGCCAGAGCCUUCCAUUUCAAGCAAUGGGCCCCAGUUGGUAGCACAAUCGGAUCGGGUCGGAGAAUUGGCCUCAAGUACAGAUCCAAGAGCAGCUCCGGUCACGUGAGGGCUCAGGUGGCCACGCUUGAACAAGCAAGCGCAGGAGCAGCACCAAAAGUGGAGGGUCCUGUGGUGGUAGUGACCGGAGCUUCUAGGGGCAUUGGCAAAGCCAUUGCUCUGUCUUUGGGCAAAGCUGGUUGCAAGGUCCUUGUUAAUUACGCAAGGUCGUCAAAGGAGGCAGAGGAGGUUUCCAAAGAGAUUGAGGCAUUCGGUGGACAAGCUCUUACUUUUGGAGGAGAUGUUUCAAAGGAAGAAGAUGUUGAAGCCAUGCUCAAAACUGCGGUUGAUGCUUGGGGAACUGUUGAUGUAUUGAUAAAUAAUGCAGGAAUUACUAGGGAUGGUCUAUUGAUGAGAAUGAAGAAACAACAAUGGCAGGAGGUCAUCGAUCUAAAUCUUACUGGUGUAUUUCUAUGUACCCAGGCAGCAGCUAAAAUUAUGAUGAAGAAGAAGAAGGGAAGGAUAAUCAAUAUAGCAUCGGUUGUUGGCCUAGUUGGAAAUGUUGGACAAGCCAACUAUAGUGCUGCAAAAGCAGGAGUAAUUGGCCUGACAAAGAGUGUUGCUAAGGAGUAUUCAAGCAGACACAUCAAUGUUAAUGCUGUUGCCCCGGGAUUUAUUGCAUCGGACAUGACUGCCAAGCUAGGGGAUGACAUUGAGAAGAAAAUUUUAGAGACCAUCCCCUUAGGAAGAUAUGGCCAACCUGAAGAAGUUGCUGGACUGGUGGAAUUUUUGGCCCUUAGUCCUGCAGCCAGUUACAUGACUGGACAGGUGCUCACCAUUGAUGGAGGUAUGGUGAUGUAGGUCUACUAUACUGCCGACCCCAAGAUGUGGA